ACGCGGGGUGGCCGCCUGGACUCUUUCUUCCUGUACAUACACGAGGAAAAAGUCGCCCUCCUGCAGGCCAAUCAGCCAGUCCCGUACCCAGCUACGGAAUGGCUUUUUGAGGGAGCGCCACGAGGCACACACACGCAGGUUAAGGCUGAGGCUCAGGAAGAAAACGAUGAUAUAGACGAAUUGGAGGACAAACACGAAGAAUGGAAGGCUGACCUCAAAUUGGUAUUCUUCCCUGAAGAUGAAGAUGAUAUGGACGAAUUGGAGGACAAACACGAAGAAUGGAAGGGUGACCUCAAAUUGGUAUUCUCCCCUGAAGAUGAAGAUGAAAUUGAGGAAUUGGAGGACAAACACGAAGAAUGGAAGGCUGACCUUGAAGAGGUAUUCUCCCCUGAAGAUGAAGAUGAAAUUGACGAAAUGAAAGAUUACAGUGACGACAAGUACGAGGAAUGGAAGGCUUAUCUGGAAACGGUGUUCUCCGUUGAUGAUGAUGAUGAUGAAGUUGCAGACGAGGCGACCUCCGAGUUGCAGGAAGCCUCAGGUGAAGGAAAUGAUGCGUCAGACGAGGUGACCUCCGAGUUGCAGGAAGCCUCAGGUGAAGGAAAUGAUGUGUCAGACGAGGUGACCUCCGAGUUGCAGGAAGCCUCAGGUGAAGGAAAUGAUGUGUCAGACGAGGUGACCUCCGAGUUGCAGGAAGCCUCAGGUGAAGGAAAUGAUGCGUCAGACGAGGCGACCUCCGAGUUGCAGGAAGCCUCAGGUGAAGUGAUUGAUGCGUCAGACGAGGUGACCUCCGAGUUGCAGGAAGCCUCAGGUGAAGUGAUUGAUGCGUCAGACGAGGCGACCUCCGAGUUGCAGGAAGCCUCAGGUGAAGGAAAUGAUGCGUCAGACGAGGUGACCUCCGAGUUGCAGGAAGCCUCAGGUGAAGUGAUUGAUGCGUCAGACGAGGCGACCUCCGAGUUGCAGGAAGCCUCAGGUGAAGGAAAUGAUGCGUCAGACGAGGCGACCUCCGAGUUGCAGGAAGCCUCAGGUGAAGGAAAUGAAGCAGCAGACGCGGCGACGUCCGAGGUGGAGGAAGCCUCUCAAAACGGUACAAUGGCCGCAGACCAGGAUGUCCCCCGUCAAGGCGAGGCCUCUGCACCAGUGACCGUCUCUGCCACGCCCUCCACUGCUUCGUACGCUUACCGCAGCCUGAUUGUGCCGCAAAGAUUCAUCAGCCGCCUUGCAGGCCCCGAGGACCGCCACCUCGAGGAUCUGCGGCGGAGCUAUGGGGUCCAAAUCGUGCGGAAUAAGCGAACCCUGCAUGUGAAGGGCCGCCGAGACGCGGUGCUGCAGUGCCACCACUCGCUACGCGCCAAGAUCGCUGAGUGGCGGAGGAGCGAGGCCGCUGAGGCUCACUAAGCGACCUUCCGACACCCGAGACGGUCAUGUAACACUGCUCAUGACCUGACGCCUGACAAUGACGCUGCCGACGAGGCGACCCCCGAGCUGCGGGAAGCCUCUGGCGGCACGCUUACUAUCGCGUAUCUU